ACAUGCACAAUACAUUGCUUAAGCAACACUCUGUUUGUUUUUUUGCCUAAUAUAGAACAAUCAUAUACUUAACAGUAGACAGCAGACCGUUUUCCAGAGAAUACCACACAUUUUUAAUUGAAUCGGUACAGUAAGAAAAUAUAUUUGUAAACAAUUUCAACUGUCAAAGCAUAGCAGUAUGGAUCACAUGCAUUUCAUACUACUCACAAUUAGGUUUAAAUUGUAUGGCAUGGGCAUCCUGGUGACCUAGUGGUGUUAUACAUGUAUAGCACACAACAAGUUUCCUGGUGGUGAUAUUCGGGCAGAGUGCGCCGUCCAAUGGAAGUAGUCGGUAACGUCCCGGCUCUCUGAUUGGAUAACGUAAAAUGACACGCUGACGUGUUGUUGAUGUGCGGGAAGCUUUGAUCUACGUGGGUGGUCCAGCCAGCUCACCAUUCACACCACCAGCUUGUCAUUAAAGAAAUACACAUGCGUGCAUUGAUUUUUGUAAACUUGACAUUCACCAACUACAUAUUGCAUCUGAAACAUAAUAAAAAAGUACUUUUAAAUUGUUUUUCAGCACAUACUGUGUCAUGAUUAAAAAGCGCAUAGCUUGUAUACAAUACUACAACAAGUUACACACGUUAACCACGGGGAAAUAAAGUUAACUACAGCUAACUACAAUAUGAAAACAAGACUAUUCUCAAUCGGGGACCACCCACACACUGAAGGAGUCUGCGAUGAGAGUUGAAGCUGAGGAGGUGGGAGGAGGGCGCCAUUGCAGCCGCAGCUGGCCGUCUGGGAUUGAGGAGGGACAAACGUUAUCAAACUUCACAAUGUCGAGGAGGCUUUUUAGACAUUUUUUCGGCUCAGCAUUCAGUUACUGGUUUAUGCUGUGAAAACGGACAAGUAGAAUGGACGGUUUGCCUUUGAGGAGGACAAAAUGUGGACCCACAGCGCCGAACCAGAGCAGCAGUCUCCAACCAUUCCUUCACCUGUGUGGUGGCCCAGCCUCUCACCAUGAACACCAGUAGAAACUGUACCACAGUGGGGAAUGGUGAGGGUCUGGCUGCCCUGGAGUCGGUCUCCAUCGUGACCAUCACACUCCUCGCCUGCCUGGGGAACUUCUUGAUUGUGGUGACCCUCUAUCGCAGGCCAUAUCUGCUCACACCCAGCAACAAGUUUGUGUUCAGCCUGACCCUGUCCAACCUGCUGCUGUCCAUGCUGGUGCUGCCGUUUGUGGCCGUGAGCUCGGCAAAGAGGGAGUGGGUGUUUGGGGUGGUGUGGUGUAACUUUACUGCCCUGCUGUACUUGCUCAUCAGCUCUGCUAGCAUGCUCACUCUCGGAGCUAUUGCCAUUGACAGGUACUACGCAGUGCUUUACCCGAUGAUCUACCCUAUGAAGAUCACCGGAAACCGGGCAGUCGUCGCCAUCGCGUAUGUGUGGCUACACUCCCUCGUGGGCUGUCUGCCUCCUCUGUUUGGCUGGUCCUCCUUUGAGUUUGACUGCUUCAAGUGGACCUGCGUUGCAUCUUGGCACAGAGAGCCGAGCUACACGGCCUUCUGGGUCACCUGGUGCAUCCUUCCCCCCUUAUUCACCAUGCUGGCCUGUUAUGGAGUAAUUUUCCGUGUUGCCCGCAUGAAAGCCAGGAAAGUACACUGUGGGACGGUUAUUGUUACCCAGGUCGACUCCACUGGAGCUCAGAGAAACGGACGUAAAAACUCAAGCACCUCGACUUCAUCUAAUGGAAGUCGACGGAGCCUGGUGUAUGCAGGGAGUCAGUGCAAGGCCUUUGUCACCAUUUUAGUGGUGAUCGGCACCUUCCUCAUGAGCUGGGGACCGUAUGUCGGGGUGGUGUGUACCGAGGCUUUGUGGGGACAAGGGAGUGUGUCUCAGGGACUGGAGACUUUGGUAGCGUGGCUGUCUUUCUGCAGUGCAGUGUGCCACCCGCUCAUCUACGGUCUUUGGAAUAAAACGGUGAGGAAGGAGCUCUUGGGGAUGUGUUUUGGAGAUCGCUACUACAGAGAGUCGUUCGCCACGCGGCAAAGGACGUCCCGCCUCUUUAGCAUCUCCAACAGAAUAACAGACUUGGGUAUGUCCCCACACCUGACAGCCAUGCUGGCCGGUGGAGGGCAUCUGCUGGCCCCAGGGAGCAGCACAGGAGAUACUGGCUUCAGUUUCACUCAGGACUCGUGCACAGACGUGAUGCUGCUGGAUAACUUCUCUACGGACGGGUCCUCCCACACACAGCACCAAGGGAAUCCGUCCACGAAGAGGAGGAGCUCCGUCACCUUUGAAGACCAGGUGGAGCAAGCCAAAGCUGAAAUCACAUCCUCAGUUCAAGUCCACGCAGAGGUGCACAAAUCUCUCGACACCUUUGCCUCCUGUUUGGCGAAGGCUAUAGAGAGUGACGCUAAACUCACCCUGUUUGGUGAGGAUCUGGCUCUGCCGGGGGGGCUCUUUACGACCAGGGCAGCACCGAAACCCAGAUACCUGGACGGUCAGAGACUAAGGCUGGAAAGCAUCGAUGAAGGGAUCGUUAAAGAUGACCGAGAGGAAGAGGAGCAGGACGUGGAGGAAAAACUAGCCUGAACACAACAGGUCUGUUAAUUUGUUGGACGCGUUUUAUAAACCGUACUCAGUUCAUUCGGGAACUGCAAAGGUUUCAGCCCGUUCAGAGUGAUCUGUGGUACCCCAUACUUGAAAUGAUUAGGAUACAGGAAGAGGCACAUUAUUCAUUCCUCUAUGUUGGACCAAGUGCACAGCGUUCGUGUCUUUGCAAGCUUUUGUAUGGAUUCAUAUAAUCAAAUAGGAAGCCUUUACUACUGUAACAUAAAUCAUCAGAUUGUUGUAGUCAUUUGUUUAUUGCAAGUCUUCAGAAUCGGCCUCAUUAGGGGUAAAAAAUAUGAAAAAAACAACUAAUUUCUAUCUUCCAUAAGACUUGUGACACUGCUAUCGGAUCAUUUAAAAAUGUCUCAUUUGUUGGUAAUCGGCAGGUGUGCAGGACCUUCAAUGUAACAACGAAGACAUUUGAAAUGGAGCCGAUAACUACAUUUUGAGUUCUUCUGGGUGAUGAUAGAAAUGACAAUUUGUUUACAUAUGUACAACUCGUUUGUGAUAAUUCUGACUAGUCAUCACACAAUAUUCUUACCAGACACCCUCAGUGAUUCUUUCUGGUGAAAUUUGACGGAGGAAAACACCUUUUUCACAGACGACAUUUUUGACAUGUCAGAGUAGGAAACAAAUCACAGGUGUACUAAUGAUCGAAUUUUCUUUUUUGAUGAAUUCCAUUUAGCUGCUUCAGUUUCAGGGUCCUGGUGUUGUGCAUGCAGGCUCACUGUUCGUGACUUACUAGGACACUUAAACAGCACAGAGCCAUCAGUAAUGUUAUUAUGAACACCUGAGCUUUUCCUACGAUGACAAGUCCAACUGUCUGCUGUGAUCAAAGGUAUAUUGAUAUGGAUUGAAAACAGUUGACUGAAAUCCUGUCCAAGGGCUAUCUCUGACUCCUACCACAGUGCAUGCUGGGAUAACUUCCCAACUAUGACCCUGAAACUAAUGUGUAUAGGAAAUGUCUGUUUUUUAAAACAGUAAAUUGUGUAUUGUAAUUCAAUAUAAGAAAACCUUAAACUUAUUAUAGUGAUACAGUGUGUAUGUAUCGCUCAGCCCUGAUCUAUUUAUAGUAUUGAUGGCACCUGCAGAGUAGAAACAGAGACAGUCCGGACAUUAUCUGCAGCAGUAAUUGCACUUGAACACGCGCUCGUGCUUGUUCUCAUAGAAACCACUCAGUGUAUCACAAAAGGCGAUUAUUACUGCGUUCAGCAUUUCUGCUUGCCACCCAAGGUAAAGCCGUUUAUGAGCAGUGAUGUAGUGAAUAGGACAUUAAAUAACAAUCAAAUGGAGUCCAAAAGUAUGGAACUGACUAUUGUAUUCAUGAGAAAUCAUUAGCAAAAGUCCACAUUUCAUAUGUGCUUACUGAGAAGUCACUCAAAUGUCAGGAAUAAAUUGCUUUAUCAUUGAAAAUCAACUCGCUGAAAAAUAAAUUGUGCUGGUCUUAAUCUACAACAGUGUCUUAGUAAAUAUUAAUUGGUACAUGUGGUUUACCUCAGUUUAUACACUCCACUGCUCCCUUUACUAUUAUGAAAGAAACUCAGAGAGGACAUUUGUAAUAAGUAGAGCGCUUCAGUCUUACCUCGUAUCGUCAUAUGUUUGAACUGUCCUAUACACCUGACAAGUGAUGUAACCUUUUGAUUUUCACUAUACGGUGAGUAUUGAAACAAAUAUUUGCAUUAAAGUUUUGUAUUCUUCUAUUAAAACUUUUUUUUUUACAUUA